CGCGAGUAAUGACUCCCAGCACCCAAACCUUCAACGUGAACCUCGAUGCCGCCGGUGUGGCCGCUGCAGCACAGCAGCGUCCUCGUGGCGAACCAAUCUACGCCGACAUAGCUGUGCCCAUGGCGUCUGUGCGACGCGCCGCCGCACCAGCCUCGGACACGUCCGACUUCCAGGGCGCGAACCUGCUCAACGACUUGAGCCAGUCAUGCGACGAGGCCUGGCUGUUUCUCGCGCUCUUCGUGAUCGUAAUGUCGAUCCAGUACAUCGCAGGCAUCUAUGUCCUUGGGACAGCCUGCUUGAUCACACUCGACCGUCGCUUCCGCGGCUUCAUCGCGGCGGAGGACGGCAAAGGAUCUCGUGUAUGCAUCGCGCUCUUUUGCGCACGGAUGGCCUUCGACAUGUCGGCGUCCAACGGCGAUGCGACGCCGCUCCACACUCUUUUCAAGCCCAUCCCGGACCCCCCCAACCUCGCCGACAUGGUCUGGAUGAUCAUGGUCAAAGGCCUCGUGCUACGUCUAGUCACUCUCAGCGUCGAGGCCUUUGCGGGGCUCCUUCUACAGUGGCAGCCCAUGGGCUACACCGUCACAGAGCGUGUCGUCCGCACGUUCGUGCACUUGAAAGCCAUUUUUUCACCCUCAGACGAACCGUCAACGAUGCUUGGUACGACCAGCGCGAAUGCGGCCACCUUGCCGCCGUCCUUGGUUGAGUUCCAGUCCUCAGCGGUGGACGCGCCGCUGUCGCCUGAUACUGAAAGUCGCGCCGUUGCCAUCCUUCCAUCGACUACAAGCGACGCCCACACGGACGUCCUGUCCGAGCCGUUCCUGCAGAGACAAGAUGAAGACCCCAAGUCGUCUGCCGUCGAAGCCUUCAGCGGAGCCAACCCAGUGUCAUCAACGCAGGACGUUGAAAUCGAACACUCCGAAGAAGGGCUCUCUGAUCUCGAGCGACCGACAGCCGAAAACACUCCCGAGGUGCCCAGUGCCCCCCGACGACUGCCAGACUCUACUAUACACGACGCAUGUCCUGAAAUCCGAGAGCAAAAGGUGGGCAAUCACGCCAUCUCCAAAGAUGGUGGCAAUCAUGCACCCUACCCCCUCGUCCUGGACCUGCUUGUGAACACUGUCGAGCGGCCUCGCUUUGCCGACGGCUACACCAGCAUCGCCGCCAAGGCCAUCAAACUUGAUGCUAAUAUUGGCGCGCAAACGCGUCAGAGAGGCUCCACGAGUCAUUCAUUUCAAAAAAAUUCUUCGAUGACCAUGGUCGCCGACAUCAGCUUCUUCGAGGCCAACGAGGCCUUCCACGCGGACAAGAUGCGCAAGACCAAUGCCGAACGCGACAUGUCCGAUGCCGGCCCUAUGCACGACGAGUACCCCAACGACUGGGCCAUUUUGGCUGACAAGGGGUACCAAGGGUUCCACCGUCGCAUGCGUGCCAUCACCCCGGCGAAACGGCCCCCUGGCGGCUUGCUCACUAUGAGCGACAUGGAGUACAACGAGAACAUUGCUACCGACCGCGUGAUCGUUGAGAACUACUUCGGUCGUUUGAAGACGCUGUGGGCGAUCGUAAACGAGUCCUACACGUGGAAGCGAGAGAACUACGAUUUCUACCUUCCAACUUGUGUUGCGUUGACUAAUUGUCACAUUCGUUUUUCUCCCUUGCGGGUCGACGACAGCCAUGAACGCAACCGGUAUUUGAACGCCCUCAUGUCUUCGAGUGAAAAGAAGAUAGCCAAGCGUGCCGUUGCAGUUAAAAAACAUCGCGAGAAGCGCAAGUUGCGUUUGGGCACGUUUUUACCGAGUGGUGAAAAUGCCUACUUCGAUUCGGACACUGAAUUUUACCCAUGUGGUGACGGUAGUGGAAUUUUUGAAUAG